AUGGCUACAGUCAACAUCCCCGUGGAGCCGCCCAAGAGACGCCGCAUUGGUGUCUUGACCUCUGGUGGUGAUGCUCCUGGUAUGAACGGUGCCGUGCGGGCUGUCGUCCGUAUGGCCAUCCACUCUGACUGCGAAGCUUAUGCGGUCUUCGAGGGUUACGAAGGAUUGGUGAAUGGCGGUGACAUGAUCCGUCAGCUUCACUGGGAAGAUGUCCGCGGUUGGCUUUCCCAGGGAGGUACUCUCAUCGGGUCUGCCCGAUGCAUGGCCUUCCGUGAACGCCCUGGUCGUCUCAAGGCGGCUAAGAACAUGGUCCUCCGUGGUAUCGAUGCUUUGGUGGUUUGCGGUGGUGAUGGUAGUUUGACUGGUGCCGAUGUCUUCCGAUCGGAAUGGCCCGGUCUGUUGAAGGAGCUGAUCGAGACGGGCGAAUUGACAGAGGAGCAGGUCAAGCCAUACAAGGUGCUGAACAUUGUUGGUCUGGUAGGAUCGAUCGAUAACGACAUGUCGGGUACCGACGCUACCAUUGGUUGCUACUCAUCCUUGACUCGUAUCUGUGACGCCGUUGACGAUGUGUUCGACACCGCGUUUUCUCACCAAAGAGGUUUCGUCAUUGAGGUUAUGGGAAGACACUGUGGAUGGCUGGCACUGAUGUCUGCCAUCAGUACCGGUGCUGACUGGCUUUUCAUUCCUGAGAUGCCUCCCCGUGAUGGCUGGGAGGAUUCCAUGUGUGACAUCAUCACCAAGAACCGCAAAGAGCGAGGAAAGCGACGGACAAUUGUUAUUGUGGCCGAGGGAGCCCAGGACAGUCAUCUCAACAAGAUUUCGAGUAACAAAAUCAAGGACAUCCUCACCACGCGCCUGGGUCUGGACACUAGAACUACCGUCCUGGGUCACACCCAGAGAGGAGGUGCAGCCUGCGCCUACGACCGAUGGCUCUCGACUUUGCAGGGUGUGGAAGCCGUUCGCGCUGUUUUGGAUAUGAAGGCCGAAUCUCCCUCGCCCGUCAUCACCAUCCGAGAGAACAAGAUCCUUCGCACACCAUUGAUGGAAGCUGUCCAGGAUACCAAGAACGUCACUCAACACAUCCAUGACAAGGACUUCGCAGCGGCGAUGACCCUUCGUGAUGCCGAAUUCAAGGAAUACCACUUUGCAUACCUCAACACAUCCACUCCCGACCACCCGAAGAUGAUUCUCCCAGAAAACAAGAGAAUGCGCAUCGCUAUUAUCCACGUCGGUGCCCCCGCAGGUGGUAUGAACCAGGCCACUCGCGCAGCGGUCGCUUACUGUCUCACUCGUGGCCACACUCCUCUUGCCAUCCACAAUGGUUUCCCAGGCUUGUGCCGACACCAUGCUGAUAAGCCAGUCGGCUCUGUUCGUGAGAUUGAGUGGCUUGAGUCGGACAGCUGGGUCAACGAGGGUGGUUCGGACAUUGGAACUAACCGUAGCUUGCCUUCGGAAGAUUAUGAGACCACCGCCAAGUGCUUUGAGCAGUACAAGUUUGAUGCUUUGUUCGUGGUUGGUGGUUUCGAAGCAUUCACAGCAGUCAGCCAGCUCCGCCAGGCUCGUGAGAAGUACUCCGCCUUCAAGAUCCCAAUGGUUGUUUUGCCAGCAACCAUCUCCAACAACGUCCCAGGUACCGAGUACUCCUUGGGAAGCGACACCUGCCUUAACACAUUGAUCGACUUCUGUGAUGCGAUCCGACAAUCCGCCUCGUCCUCGCGUCGCCGUGUCUUUGUUGUCGAAACCCAGGGUGGCAAGUCGGGUUACAUUGCCACUACUGCCGGUCUUUCAGUGGGUGCCGUGGCUGUCUAUAUCCCCGAGCAGGGAAUCAACAUCAAGAUGCUUUCUCGCGACAUCGAUUUCUUGCGAGACAACUUCGCUAAGGACAAGGGCGCUAACCGUGCCGGAAAACUUAUCCUUCGCAACGAGUGCGCCUCCAACACUUACGGCACUCAGGUCAUCGCGGAUAUCUUCAAGGAAGAAUCCGAAGGCCGAUUCGAGUCUCGUGCUGCCGUCCCUGGUCACUUCCAGCAGGGUGGCAAGCCUUCGCCGAUGGAUCGUAUUCGCGCUCUGCGCAUGUCGAUCAAGUGUAUGCUGCAUCUUGAAAGCUACGCUGGAAAGACUCCAGAUGAGAUUGCGGCGGACGAAAUGUCCGCAACGGUCAUUGGUAUCAAGGGCUCCCAAGUGCUCUUCUCUGCGAUGGGCGGAGCCGAUGGUUUGGAGGAAACAGAGACUGACUGGACUCGACGUCGCCCCAAGACCGAGUUCUGGCUCGAGUUGCAGGACACAGUCGAUAUCUUAUCAGGACGAGCCACCGCUGGCGGUGAAAAAGAAACGUGGUCAUGCUAUGAGGGCAGUACGUCAUCGUGA